CUGGAAUGAGGACAUCAUCAAAAAUGCUCGUGUCUGCGGCGCCCACUUUAUAUCAGGCGAGAUGUCAUUGGACUCUAGUAGUCCUGAUUUUGUGCCAUCUGUGUUUACAUACACAAAACAAAGCCAGAACCCAGGUGCAAAGAUGGACAGGUACACAUAGGAAAAGGAGGAGAGAAGACGGACCUAGUGCUGCAGCAAACCAACGUGCUCCUUCUGAAACUCCAGAACCUCCAGAACAAGAAUGCAGCAUGGAUCAUUGUCCUGCUGAAGAGGACAUCCCAGUUCCAAGGAGAGAAUAUGAUGAUCUGAACCUGAAAUACUGUCAACUUCAGGAGGACUAUGUCAACCUGCGACAGGAAUUGGAGACACUACGAGCAGAAAAUGUAAAGCUGAAAGAGGAUCUACACAAAUCUACAUUCUCCUACACCACUGUUAAAUGCAACAUUACACAAUUGCUUUUUCUCACAGGACUGACCUCUGUGGUCUUUGAGUGGCUGAUUACCAAAAUAAUGGGAAGCGUAGAGAGAAUUCACAACAAACUUACAGUAGAGGACCACCUAUUGAUUAUAUUGAUGAAAUUAAGGUUGGGCCUAUGCAAUACUGACUUGGCUUAUAGAUUUCCGGUAUCAAAAACCACCAUAUCAAAUAUUUUGCGGAGCUGGGUCCCUGCUAUGGCCUUCAUCCUCAAGCCACUCAUUAAAUGGCCAAGUAAGGGUGCAAUACUGAAAAAUAUGCCAAAAAUAUUCAAGCGCAACUUUAAAAGAUGCAGGUGCAUAAUAGAUUGCACCGAAAUUUUCAAAGCUAGACCUAGUAGUCUGACUGCCAGGGCCCAGACAUGGUCAAACUAUAAACACAACAACACCAUUAAAUAUUUGAUCGCCAUCAGUCCAGCUGGUGCAAUUUCAUUUCUGUCUCCUGGGUGGGGAGGAAGGGUCUCAGACAAGCAGAUCACUAAUGAGUCAGGUUUCCUAAAACUUUUGGAGCCUAGGGAUGAGGUUUUAGCUGACAGAGGAUUUCUCAUCAGAGACGAGCUUGCGGCCUAUGGUGCAACCCUACGUAUCCCUCAUUUCACAAAAGGAAAGAAGCAGCUUUCUGCACAGGAAGUGGACACAGCUAGACAACUUUCCCGUGUAAGGAUCCAUGUAGAAAGAGUAAUUGGUCGGUGGAAAAACUUUAAGAUUUUGCAGACAGUUAUUCCAGUGUCGCAGGUUAACAUACUAGAUGAUGUUGUUAUUGUAUGUGGUGCCCUCACAAACCUCUGUAAGAGUGUUGUUCCCAAAUGAGUUACACAUAAACAUGUAUGACAUGUAAAGGGAUUUUACUUUUUGUAAAACAUGUAUUUAGGCUUACUGUUACAGUUCUUCUCUGUUACUUAAUGAAUUUUAAUAAACCUCCCCACAUUGGCUGAUACUGGUGUGUGUAAUGGUCCUUCCCCUCCACCCAGAUUAUCUCAACAAUUCUGAGUGUAGUUUAACUUUUUUAUUUGUAAUGUUGUUACUAAUGAGUUUCAUUCCAUUUUCAUUUCAUUAAACAAUAACAACAUGGAUAGUAGGAGUAUGUACAAUAUA